UGUUAACACCGCAUAACAUUGACACAAAUAGGUCAUUCUGUUGACAGUCUGUAUUUUGGGUGGAAAUCCUCCCGUGUUUCCAAAUUAUUCGAGGACCUCUUGACUAUCAUUAUUUCUGUGUGGUGGGCCAAAUUCAUUAAUCAGUAUGGAUGACCAAGAGCGAGAACAGCAACGGCCCCAAAGUGGCUUCGAUGAUGAGUUCGGCGAGGGAGGCCUCAAUUUCGACGACAUCGCGGAGGCCGAUAUGCUAGACUUCACCAGAGAAUGCAAGGACAGCCAAACUCUGUUGCUGAAGAACACAUGGUCUUUCCGAUGCUUGGCACAAGUGCAGUUAUCUCACAGUUCUCUUAUGAGGAAUAUAGCGUUUCUUUUUCCGCCAUUGGAGGAUCCUGGGAUUGAUGCGGUCUUUGAUUAUGCCGAACCGGAUCCAACAUAUGAUGAUAUUGGAGUAGAGAAGUACAUUAACCUUUGUAAAGAUCUCGAGAUAGUACCUAUCUCCAGGGUGACCAGAUCCCUCACGUCUCCAAUUUUGAACUUGAAGGGAUUUUUAGUCUUAUGGAUUGAGCGAGAAACAAAUACGAGCAAUAUCAGAGACCCUAAAGGGCAAUGCUUACAUUGAACAUUUGAUACUGCAAGACAACUGGCUGACGCCUGAAAUGACUGACAUGUUGAGCAGCAUGCUGCAAGAAAAUGGAGCAUUGCGGGUUUUGAAUUUGAGAGAAUGUCGGAUUGGGGAAUUAGGUGCUGAAAAAUUGAACGAAGCACUUUCAAGCUCUCAGUUUUUGUCAGAACUAGAUUUGAGUUUCAACAGCCUAGGUGACAAAGGACUGAAACUAAUUCAAGUAGGUCUUUGCGAGACAACAUCUUUGAAGAAGUUAAACAUUAGUCAUAAUGAACUGACUGAAGAGUCGGGAGAGACUUUGGAAAAAAUUCUCGUGGAAAACAAAACUAUAACAGACAUCGAUCUUUCUUGGAAUGGAUUCUACACUCUACCGGGCAACAAGAAAUUGUUCAAUGGUUUUAAAAAUAAUGACAGAAUAAAGUGGUUGAGUUUAGCCUGGAAUGGAAUCAGUACAAAAGGUGCUAUAUCUCCUCUAACCAAAUACUUGAGGACCGCUACAAGCUUAGAAUAUCUGGAUUUAGAUGCUAACAGGCUUUCUCAUGGUCCUUUGAAGAUGUUAAUGAAUGCUGUCAAUAAAAAUCACUCUUUGGUUACCUUAAGAAUAGGAAAUAAUCCAUAUCCUGCGGACGAAGGGCUGAUAUUGUUAAAAAUGUUGGCAUCUAAAGGUAGAGAUCCACUAACGUUCAUGGAUAUGGAGAAUAAGUAUCUGCCUAAAGAAUCUGUACAGAUACUGAAAAGGAUCGAGGACAUGGGAAAGUUUGUGAAAAUUGGUGGAAUCCUAGGAAACUACGUCAUCAAAGGACCCGAUUACACUAAGCUGUUAUUCGAUAGAAUUAGGUUCAUAUUACAGAAACCAAAGAAAAAGAAGGCCAAGAAAGAUUUCGCGCAUUUUGUCUUGGCGUUACCUGAAACACCGAUUACAAAGGCAGAUUUCGAGACUCAACUGAAAAAGAAAAAGUUAAAGAAAAUUAUGAAAGAUAAAGACCUGGUGAAUGAACUAACAAACCAGUUUAUUGUAAAGAAAUCAAAGAUAGAUAGCCUGGAAAUGAUGAGGGUUUAUAAAGAGUAUUAUCCAGAUGCAUCACUGCCCCCGCCUAAGCCAAAGAAAGGCAAAAAAGGUAGAAAAGGAAAGAAGGACAAGAAAGGAGCUGCGGAACCUGACGAACAGCCAGCCGAGCAGAAGCUCGAAGGUGAAGAAGUCACGGUUCGAGAAAGCGAAUAUCAAACUCCUCAGCUAGAAGAUGGUGAAGCUCCUCCUCCGAGACAAAUACAGCGUGCCUCAAAUCAUGGUGAACGUCACUUGGCGUUCCAGAUGGAAGAGAUAAAAACUAUAGAAAUUCCAGCAGAAGAUGAGAUGCCGCCAGAUGAUCAGGAAGUUCGACUCAACAUGCCGACUGAAAUAAUUGAGAAGCCGAUGUUUCCCGAAGGUGAUGAGAACGUCGCAGAACAAUGAGCUUAUAUAGUCAAGAAAAUCAUACUUAGGUGUAACUACUGAUCCAAGCCUGCGGUUCUAUGUCCACACUCAAGCUCUAGUAAAUAAAACAUUCAUCUCUUUGAGAAUAAUUUACAGGAGUCGACAUUUUCUAAGUAUAUAUAUAUAUAUAUAUAUUUUGUACAACACUAUCAUUCUUCCUCAUUUAUUAUUUGUUUCACUGCACUGUGUUUUCAAAAUUACAAAAUAAAGCCAAGAGAAUCAUCUUAAAUAAAAA